GUCAUCGGCCGUCAUUUGCCGCGCGCGGACGCCAUUAGCGUAACAUUAUCUGUGGUGCAAAGGUGACAGUGAUUUCUUUUUUUUAAUUCGAAUUCGCAACUGUCAUUAUUGCGCGAAAAUAAACAAGUGUGAUAUAUAAUCUGUGGCGAACAGUGUUGCCAACCUAAUGAGAACUUUGUGCUAAGUGUUGCCGCGUCACAAAAAUGCAGCGGCAACUGAGUAACGUAAGCGUUUACUCCUACCAGGACUAUCAACCGUCUAGAAAAUAUGCAGGGCCGCAGUAUGAACCGGGCGGCUACGCGACGGCCGUGCAGCAACGAUCAAAUAUGACCCAGCGGGAAGAUGCCCUCAAGUUUGAGCAGGGCCGCAUCAAGGCCCUGCAGGAGGAAAGAUUGCAUAUACAGAAGAAAACAUUCACGAAAUGGAUCAACUCGUUUUUACAAAAGGCCAGAAUGGAGGUGGACGAUCUGUUCGUCGACCUGGCCGACGGACGCAGGCUCCUGAAGCUGCUGGAGAUCAUCAGCGGAGAGCGCCUGCCCAGGCCCAACAGUGGGCGGAUGCGGGUCCACAAGAUUGAGAACGUCAACAAGAGUUUGAGCUUCUUACAUACAAAGGUCCGUCUGGAGUCUAUAGGAGCUGAGGACAUCGUGGACGGCAACCCUCGCCUCAUCCUCGGUCUCAUAUGGACCAUCAUUCUGAGGUUCCAGAUUCAAGAGAUUGAGAUUGAUGUGGAUGAAGAGAAUGAAUCAUCAGAAAAGAAGUCGGCUAAGGAUGCUCUCCUGCUGUGGUGUCAGCGCAAGACCAGCGGCUACCACGGGGUCCACAUCCACAACUUCACCGACUCCUGGCGAUCUGGACUCGGGUUCAAUGCGCUCAUACAUGCUCACAGACCGGACCUGUUCCGUUGGUCGGAGCUGCCCGCUGCAGACCACGUGGAAACCCUCAACCACGCCUUCGACGUUGCCCACAAGCACCUCGGCAUCCCGCGCCUGCUGGACGCUGAGGAUGUUGAUACCAGCCGACCAGAUGAGAAGUCGGUGAUGACGUACGUGGCGUCCUACUACCACACCUUCGCGAGGAUGAAGAACGAACAGAAGAGCGGCAGGAGGAUCGCUAACAUCAUCGGUCAAAUGAUGGAUUGCGAUGACCGCAAAGGCGAGUACAGCAAGUUGUUCAGCGCGCUUCUGGAGUGGAUUCUGUUGAAGAUACAGGAGCUGAACGGUCGCGACCUUCCCAACUCGCUAGACGGCAUCCAACGGCUACUACUGGCUUUUAAACAAUAUAGGACGGUUGAGAAACCACCUAAAUACAAGGAACGUUCAGAGAUCGAAGCUCUAUACUUCGACAUCAACACCAUGCAGAAGAGCCUCACAGGUGAAGCCUGGAGCCCGCUGGAGGGGCAGCUGCCGCAGGACCUGGAGAGGGCCUGGCAGCAGCUGGAACAGGCGGAGCAUGCUCGUGAGAUCGCAUUGAGAACAGAAUUGCUAAGACAACAACGAUUGGAACAACUCAACUACAAAUUUAACACAAAAUCGGUUCUCCGUAAGGGCUACUUAAAGGAGAUGAUCCAAGUCCUCUCGGACCCUCGGUACGGCUCCAACCUGGCUCAAGUUGAUGCCACCGUCAAGAAACAUGAGGCUAUAUCCGCUGACAUCCUAGCCAGAACGGAACGCUUCGAAGACCUAUCGGCGAUGGCAGCAGAACUGGUCCGGGAGAAGUACCACGGGGCUGAGGCCGUGUCCCGCACGGAGCAGGCGGUGCUGGCGCGCUGGCGCGAGCUGCUCGACCUGCUGGAGCGGCAUCGCAGCUCGCUCAGCAAGCUGGCGCAUCUGAUGGCGCUGCUGCGGGAGGCGGACACCGUGGGGCAGACGCUCGUGGAGAUGAAGGCCCAAUUCCAAUCUGAAGACGUCGGCCGCCACCUGGUGGAUGUGGAGCGUCUGCUGCAGGCUCACGCCCUGCAGGAGUUGCAGCUGGGCGCCGUGCACGACAGCAUCCGGCGGCUGCUGCGGCAGGGAGCCGCCGCUGAGGGGGGGGCACAGCCCAAGCAGCAGCUUGAGGGGCAGCUGGAGAUGCUGGAGCAUGACUAUGAUAGCUUGGUGGCCGCCGCGAAGGACCGUAAGGCAAGACUGGAAGACGCGAGGAACUUGUACCAGUUCUUGGAGGAUCACGAUGAGGAAGAAGGCUGGGUGACCGAGAAGCAGCGUAUCUGCCGCACGGAGGUGGCCGCCAAGGAGUUGCGCGCGGUCCUGGCGCUGCGGCAGAAGCACACCGCCCUGCUGCACGAGCUGCGGGCCAGGGAGCAGCUCGCACAGCCGCACAGGGCCAAGGGACAGGGCCUAAUCGAUGCGAAACACCCGAAGAGCGCUGAAAUAGAGCGUCGUCUAACAUCUCUGAACAAGCAGUGGGCGAUACUGCGGGAGCUGGCUGCGGCCCGCGAGAAGCAGCUAGCUGAUGCCGCUGAAGCCCACCAGUUCUACGGCGACGCGAACGAAUCCGAGUCCUGGAUGAAGGAGAAGCGUCCGCUAGUCGCGACGUCCGACUGCGGGCUGGACGCGCCGGCGGCGGGCGCGCUGCUGGCGCGACACCGCGACACGCACGAGCAGGUGCGCGCCUACAGCGCGGAGCUGGCCAGCCUCGCCGCGCACGCGGACAGGCUCACGCAGGCAGGGAUCACCUCGUUACAGCUUCCCACAGAAGUAGAGUCAUCUCCUGCUAUAGAAGAAGAGGAGUGGGUGAACGAGUCGAGGCUGGUGCCCACCGAGGUGUGGGAGGAGGAGCCGGUGGAGAGGCUGGAGCACAGGACCGUCACCGAGGAGAGGAGUGUGCCGCAGGUGAAAGCCCUAUACGCCUUCACAGGGCAGGGCAUAUCGAUGCAGAAAGGCGAGGUCAUGUUUCUCAUCAACAAGACGAACCCUGACUGGUGGUCGGUGCGGAAGGCAGACAGGACUGAUGGCUUCGUGCCCGCUAACUAUGUGCGCGAAAUUGAACCUAGAGUCGUGCCGGUCCAAGUCCGUCGUCCGGAGAAGGUCCGCACAGUGCAGCGCGUGAAGAAGACGGUGCUGGUGAAGCAGGUGGUCCCUGUGAAGAGGAACAAGCCGGCGGCCGCGCGCCGCGCCAGUCGCGCCACGCUGCCUGUCGCCCGCGCCGCCAGCGUGCAGACUAGGAUGGCUGAGAUACAGAAAGACUACGACGAACUCCUGACGCUGUCAGACGCUCGCCGCGAGCAGUUGGAAGACGCCAUCAAGCUGUACAGCUUCUUCGCGGAGUGCGAUGACUUCGACAAGUGGAUCAAGGAUAAGGAGAAGAUGCUGCGCUCUGAUGAUGCAGAGGAUACCGUCGAUACUGCCAAGAGGAAGUAUGAGAAAUUCGUGACAGACCUAUCAGCUGCAUCAAAACGUCUAGAACACAUUGACGCGGCCGCUGAAGAGCUGGUGGCAGCCAAGCACAGCCAGGCGGCCAAGGCGACGGCGAGGAGACAGCAACUGAGGCAGCAGUGGGAGAGGCUGCUGAGGCUCAAACAGCAGAAGGAGAAGAGCCUAGAAGGAGCGUCAAGUGUGGAACUCUUCAGCCGUACAUGCGACGAAGCCUUAGACUGGAUGGCGGAGAAGGAACAGCAGCUGGCAGCGAGCUCCUCUCCAGCAUCAGACCUUCGCACCGUCAGGGCUCUGCAGCGGAGGCACGCGCAGCUGGAGAGGGAGCUGGAGCCUCUCAGAGAGAAGGUCAACACCAUCAGCCUGCUAGCAGACUCUGUAAAAUCUCAAUAUCCAACUGAACGAUCAAACGUUGAGGGUCGUCAACGCGAGAUCCAGGACAUGUGGGAGCGGUGCCAGGCUCAGGCGGCCGAGAGGAGGUCGCGGCUCGAGUCCGCGGUCGGACAUCAGAUCUUCGGGACCAGUUCCGCGACACUGUUGCACUGGACUCAGAAAGUCCGCGAGCAGCUAGCCCAGGAGGCCACCGCUAAAGACGUGGCGACUGCCGAAGAGUUGCAGAAACAACAUCAGGAACUCAUGGAUGACAUCAAAACGCAUGAUGAUGAGUUCAAAGAGGUGAUUGGCCUAGGCAAACAGCUGUUAGCCAACAACCCAUCUCUCACCGACGUUGCUGACAGGAUCAAGACUUUGGAGAAUGAUCAGAAGGCGGUCGCUAAAGAAUGGGCUGACAAGGAUGCUUACCUGAAACAGUUGGUCCAGCUUCAGAGCUUCAACCGCGAGUGUGAUCAGAUCGACGCGUCCAGCGGGGCGCACGAGGCCUACCUAGAGUACAACCAGUGUGGGUCAUCAGUAGAUGAGGCGGAAGCUCUCGUCAAGCGUCACGAGGAGUUGGAAGCCAGGCUGGCGGCGCAGGACGAGCGUCUCGCUGCCUUCAGCCAGAGGGCCGAAGCCCUGGAGAGGAUCCCGCACUAUGCCGCCGAACAUAUCGCAGCCCGCCGCGCGGCGGUCCUGCAGCGUCGUGACGGCGUGAGGCGCGCCGCCGCCGAGCGACGCCGGGCGCUACUCGCUAGUCUAGCACAUCAACAGUUCGUGGCCGCUACUGAAGAACUUCAAGCCUGGAUUCAAGACAAAACCAGAACCGCUAAAGAUCAGAGUUACAGAGAUCUUGCCAAUCUGGAACGCAAGUUGCAGAAGCAUGAGGCAUUUGAACGUGAGCUCCAGGCGAACGAGAAGCAGUUACGAAAUGUGGAAAGUAUCGGCCAAUCUCUUCAGAAGUCGGACGCUAGCCGCGCUGAGUCAGUGUCGACUCGUCUCACCGAAUUACAAGACGCGUGGCGCGAGUUAGUCGCGGCUUCACGCGAUAAGGGCGGCAAGCUGCGGCAAGCGGCGCAGCAGAGGAAACACCGACGAUCUAUCGAAGACGCGAAGGCUCGUCUCAUGGACCUGGAGAGGGAGCUGAAGAGCGAGGAGACGGGAACAGACCUGAGGAGCUGCAAGCGACUGCUGAACCAGCACCAGGCUUUAGAACAAGAGUUAGCCUCCUGGGAAUCCAAGGCGUCCGCCCUGUCGGAGCAGGGCGCGGACCUGGUGUCGGGCGGGCACUUCGACGCGGCCGCCAUCGAGCGCGAGUCCGCCGCCCUGCUGCAGGCCGUCAGGGCGCGGGCCCCGGCCGCCGCCGCCAGGAGAGAGGCGCUCGAUAGGAGUCUGCAACUCCACAAAUUCGCCGCGGAGGUAUCUUCAGAGUUAGACUGGAUAUCGGAGCGCGAGGCCCUGACCCGCGCGGGAGCGCCCCCCGCAGACCUGCACGCCGCGCAGACAGCCCAGAAGAAGCUGGUGAAGCUGCGCCAGGAGCUGGCCGGCAGGAGGCCGCUGGUGGAGCGCCUCGUCAAGCAUGGGGAGCAGCUGGUGGAGGAGGGGCAUCCUCAGAAGGAGAAGAUUGAAGCACUCUGCUCAGACCUAGAAGCCCGUUACGCCGCGGUCUCCGAGGCGGCUGAACAACGCGGCGCCAGUUUAGAAGCCGCGUUAAAAGCGCAGCAGUUCUUACACGACGCGUUAGAAGUCGACGCGUGGUUAACUGACAAGGCCGCCGCGUUGGCUCACGCCGACGUGGCUAAGGACAGGCAUAGGGCCACGCAACUGUUGACCAGGCAUAAGGCUGUAGAACUAGAAUUGGAUACAUACGCGGCCAUCAUAGCGGAGAUGGGUCACGUGGCAACAAACAUGGCUAACGGCGGUCACCCCGAGGGCGAAGCCCUGCUCGCGAGGCACGCGCUGCUCGCGGACAGCCUCGCGAGGCUCAAGCGCUCCGCGGCGCAGCGGCAGAAGGCGCUCGUCGAGAGCGUGUGCAGACACGAGUACAUGGACGAGAGCGCGGAGCUAGAGAGCUGGAUCCAGGAGCAGUACGCCGCCGCGUCCAGCGAGGACUACGGCCAGGACUACGAGCAUCUGCUGAUCCUCCGCUCGAAGUUCGACGAGCUCCGCCACCGCGUCGAGAGCGGAGCGGAGCGGUUCAACCAGUGCGAGGAGCUGGCCAAGAAGCUGCUGGCCACCGAGAGCCCCUACAUCGGAGACAUCGAGAAGAGACAGGAGGCGCUAGGGGAGUGGUGGCAGCGCCUGGUCGCGCAGAUGGAGGCCCGCGCGUCUCGCCUGCACGCGGCGGGCGAGAUCCACCGCUUCCACCGCGACGUGGGCGAGCUGCUGGCGCGCGCGGCCGCCGCCCGCCUGGCGCUGGGCGCGCCCCCCCCGCCCCGCGACCUGCGCGCCGCCACCGCCCUGCUGCGCGACCAGCACGCCGCGCACGCCGACCUGCUGGCUAUUGAUGCGCAGAUGCAGGUGCUACAAGAAGAAGGCAGUCGUCUCCAGAAGCUGUACCCUGGCGGGAACGUCCAGCAGAUCCAGUUGCAGCAGACGGCGCUGGAGGAAGCCUGGGCGCAGCUGAAGCAGGCCGCUGACGAGAGGCAGCACAUCCUCGAACAACACCUGCAGCUGCACCAGUUCCUGUCGCAGGUCCGCGACCUGAGCUCGUGGUCGGUGUCCCUGCGCACGUCCAUGCAGCGGCAGCUGCGCGUGCGCGACGCGGGCAGCGCGCACGCGGCGCGCGCCGAGCACGACGCCGUGCGCGCCGAGCUGGACGCGCGCGACUCCUCCUUCCGGGACGCGCUGCAGGCCGGCAGGGAACUCGUGGCUGCCGGGCAUCCUAGUGCCGCGGAAGUCGAAGAGAAAUGCGAGGCUCUUCUAGAAGAACGCAACCGCCUUCACGGCGCCUGGGCAGCCAGGCAGGUGGCCCUGGACCAGCUGAUAGACCUGCACUGCUUCCUGCGCGACGCUAAAAUGUUGCACGAUCUGUGCGCGACGCAAGAAGCUGCACUGAGUACUGAGAUAUCUCAAACCAGUAGCGUUGAGGAGGUGGACAACCAGCUCAAGAAACACGAGGCCUUUGAGAAACUGCUCGCCACACAGGAUGAGAAGCUGGCGACCCUGAACAGCCACGGAGACAAGCUGCUGCAGCAGAACCACGUCGAGAGCCAGCGGAUAGCUGACGAGUUACAGCAUAUUAAUGAAAGGAGAAAGAAGUUAUACGAGUCGUCGGCCGCUCGCCGCUCUGCUCUGGUCCGCAGCCGCGCGCGCGCUCAGUUCGCGCGGGACGCCGCCGAGGCCCGCGGCUGGGUCGCCGACAAGCUGGCCAAGCUGGCUGCUGAACACCAACAAGGCGAAGUAACAAACCUAGAAGACAAGAUCAAGAAGCUGCAGAAGCACCAGGCCUUCACCGCGGAGCUGGCAGCCAACAGGGCGCGGCUGCAGGAGGUCCAGGAGCUGGCGGAGCAGCUGCGGCCCGACGCGGAGGUCGAGAGGCAGCUGCGGGACCUGCAGGCAGACUGGCAGCGGCUCGAGACCGCCACAGAACAGAGAGGUCGCGGCCUAGAAGAAGCCCAAGACAUCCUGGAAUUCAACCAGCACCUAGACAAGAUAGAGGCCUGGAUCAGAGACAAGGAGAUGAUGGUGACAGCUCACGAGCUGGGCAGAGACUACGAGCACUGCAGCGCGCUGCUGAGGAAGUUGGACGACAUGGACAGCGACAUGAAGGUCGAUGAUAAACGGGUGAAGAGCAUAUGCGCGCUGGCGGAUAAGCUAUUGCAACAGGGCCCCACACAACAAGCCGCGGCAGUAUCCCAGCGCCGCGACGCCUUCCUCGCGAAAUGGCGGGCCCUGUCCGGCGCCCUGCAGAAGUACCGGGACAACCUGUCCGCCGCGCUCGAGAUACACGCCUUCAAUAGGGACGUCGAAGACACGGCUGAGCGUAUUUCGAAGAAAUCAGCCCUGUUCAGUAGCUCGGAGAGAGGACGCGAGCUGACAGCCGCGCACGAACUCAAGAGGAAACACCUCGCGCGGGCUGCGGAGGCAGGAGCCAUCAAGGACAAGAUCCUGCAACUGGAAGGAGACGGGAGGACCUUGGCGGAGAAAUACCCGGAACGUGCGAAGGAGAUAGAAACAAGCUUGAAGAGCUUACGAGAAGGCUGGGAACAGCUGCAGCAGCUCGCUGAGAAGAGGACAGCGCUAUUAGAUGAAGCUAUCGCCGAGCAUAAGUUUGACGAGAGUCUUAAAGAGCUGGAGUUAUGGGUAUCGGAGGCAGUUAAACGCAUGGAUGAGACCGGCGCCCCGGAGACAGUGCCUGAUGCUGAGGCUCUGCUGGAACUGCAUCAUGAGAAGAAGGCGGAGAUCGAUGGUCGUCAGAAGGUGAUAGCAUCCUUGCAGAAGGAAGCAGAACAGGUUCCAGAGAAGGCGCGCAAGGUGGAGGCUCUGUCUAGCACCCUCGACCAGGCCUGGCUGAAGAGGAAACAGUAUUUGACGCAGGCUCACCAGCUCCAGCUUCUGAAAGAACAGGCGCGGCAGACCGAGGACUGGCUCGCCUCCAAAGAGGCCUUCCUCAACAACGAUGACCUUGGAGAGAACUUAGAUGCUGUCGAAACCCUGAUCCGCAAGCACGCGGAGUUCUCGAAGCUGCUGGACAGCCAGCUGGGCCGCGUGGACGAGCUGCAGAGGUUCGCGAACGGUAUGCUGCAGGACCAGCACUUCGACGAGGAGUACAUCAAGACGAGGGUCCAGACCAUACUCAAUAGGAGGGAUAAGUUGAAGGAGUCCUGUGCCCAGCGCGGCGAGACCCUGGAACAGUCGCGCCAGCUUCACCAGUUCCUACGGAACCUGUACCAUGAACGGGAGUGGAUCUCGCUGAAGAUGCAGAUAGCUAACGAUCAGAAUUAUAGGGAACUAUCAAACCUCCAGAGUAAGAUACAGAAACACACGGCGUUUGAAUCAGAGCUGGCCGCCAACAAGGGCCGCAUUGACGACGUCGCGAACCACGGGGAGACACUCAUAGAGGGCAAGCACUACGCCUCUCAGGAAAUCGCCAAACACGUCGAGGAGUUGGAGAACCAGUGGAGAGAAUUACAGGACGCAGCCAAGCUUCGCCGCUCUCGUCUCGCGCAGGCGUACGCCGCUCGCGUGUACUUACGCGGGCUGGACGACUUCACCGCUUGGCUUGAUGAUGUUGAGGCACAGCUACUCAGCGAAGACCAUGGUAAAGACCUGGCCUCAGUGCUAGCCCUGCUGAAGCGCCACACCCGCCUGGAACAGCAAGCCUCCAGCAAGGCCGAGCUGGCCACACAGCUCGCUGACAACGCGCGCCAGCUCGCAGACAGCAAGCACUUCAUGGCUGAAGAGAUCCUAACGAAAGCUGACCAUGCUGUUAAAAGAUACCGGCAGCUGCAGGAGCCGAUGCAGAACCGUCGCGACAACCUGGAGGACGCCGCGCUGCUGCACCGCUGGGACAGGGACGCGGACGAGGAGUUCCGAUGGUUGCAAGAGAGAGAGGCGGCUGUCCAUCAAGAGGAGGCAGGUUCGACGCUGGCUGAGGCACAGGCGAUGCUGAAGAAACAUCUGGCUUUAGAAGCUGAGCUUUUGGCUAGAGAGCCGAUAAUAAAGUCUGUGACGAGCCGCGCGGGGCAGCUCUCCCGACGCGGACACUUCGCGGCGGCGCGACUGGAGGGACGCGCGCGCGAGCUGGCGGCCGCGCACAGCCUGCUGCGGGCUGCGGCCGCCGCGCGCGCGCGCCUGCUCGGGGACCGCUGCGAGCUGCUGCAGUUGAUGUCCGAGAUAUCAGAAGCCGAGGCCUGGCUCCUGGAGCGCCGCACAGUCCUCAUCUCCUCAGACGUGGGCCGUGACGAGGACUCCGCGCUGGCGCUGGUCAGGAGGCUGGACGCGCUGCAGAGAGAGGUCACCGGAUUCGAUGCCACCGUCGGCAAGUUGGAGAAGACCGCCGCUGGACUUAUGGAACGCGCCACUAUCGACGGAGAACAAAUCCAGAAGAGAAUAGAAGAGCUCAAGUCUACGUACGAGGAUAUGAAGCUGUUGUCAGCUAAACGCCAACAGCGGCUUCAGCAGAGCCUCAAAUACUUCAAGUUCGUCCAAGAAUGCGAGGAAGUCCAGGAGUGGAUCGGGGAGCAGAUGACGACGGCCGCCAGCGAGGAGUACGGCCUGGAUGUCGAGCAUGUUGAGACUCUGCAGCAGGCCUUCGAUAACUUCCUCGCGCAGCUGCAAGCCAACGAAGGUCGCAUCGAAGGCGUCUGCGAGGCAGGCAGCGUGCUUCUAGAAGAGAACACGCCAGAAGCAGACAGAGUGAAACAGAGGAUAGAUGACAUCAAGGGGCUGUGGGACGAUCUGAAGGAACUAGCGUUGGCUAGGCAGGAGGCCUUAGCGGGGGCCCGGCAGGUGCACGAGUUCGACCGCUCGGCCGAGGAGACCGCGGCCUGGGUGGGCGAGAAGGACUCCGCCCUCGGCAGCGACAGCCUCCCGCCGCGGAGUCUCCACGAGCUGCACGCGCAGAAGCGGAGUCUUCACGCGCUCAGGGCCGACCUGGACGCCAUCAGAGCCGCGCAUGACAAGCUGCAGGAGGAGGCUGACCGCCUGGGCACAGCCUUCCCGGACGCCAAGGAGCAUGUCUCCGCGAAGCUGGAGGACGUGACGGAAGCCCUGGAGUCUCUCGUCACGCGCGCAGACCAGUGCACGCAGCAGCUGGAGCUGGCGGGACAGCUGCAGGCGUACUUCGACACUUAUCAGGAACUUCUUGCCUGGACCAACGAGACCCUCGCUCGGGUCACCGCCCCGGACCUGGCUACCGAUGUGUCUGGAGCUGAGAGGCUGCUAGCCAGACACAGAGACAUCAAAGUGGAGAUAGAGGCUAAAGAAGAGGCCUUCCAGACUCUGUAUAGCGAUGGCGAAAAACUAGUGACCGAGGGACACUUCAUGUCAAGCGAAAUAGAAGAACGGAUGUCAAUACUGCGCGCGCGCCGCGACCACCUGGACGCGGCGUGGAACAACCGCGAGAGGAUCUACACGCAACACCUGGACGCCCUGGUCUUCAAGAGGGACGCUGAUGCCCUGGACAACUGGAUAACUAACAGAGUGCCUCUCGUUCGCGACGGCAAGUACGGGGAGAGUGUCGCCCAGGUCGAGGAGCUGAUCAACAGGCACCGGGACCUGGAGGAGACCAUCGACGCGCAGAGGGACAAGUUCAAUGCCUUGAAGAGGAUCACGCUGGUGGAACAAGCCUUCAAAGAGCAGCGUGACGAGGAGGAGCAGGCGCGGCGCCGGUCUGCGGAGCGGCAGGAGGCGGAGCGCCUGCAGCAGUUCCGGCGCAGGGAGAUGGAGAGGAUCACGGAGGAGAGGCGGAGGGAGACCGCGCCCGCGCCUAACACCAGAGAGGCGGAACGUCUCCAGACCUCAGUGGCUCCUGCAUCAUCAGAGGAGACCCUCUCCCCGGCGCCACAGUUUGACAGACUGCCGAAGACUGAUCAACAUGUCAAGCGAGCUGAGAGCAUGAGUGUUGUAAAGACACCAAAACGUACCCCAUCGUUCACAACCAGGCGUCGAACCCAGAGCUUCAGACGACACCGCCGCGGGGACAUCGCUGAUCUACCGCCCGUGGAGAUUGAAGGCUACCUGGAGCGCAAGCAGGAGGCUGGCUGCGGCGGCAAGCGAGCGACAGUGCGCUCGUGGCGCUCGUACUACUCCGUCCUGUGCGGACAGCUGCUGUGCUUCUUCAGGGACGAGUUGGACUUCGCUAGUGCUAAGGCCGCAGCCCCGCCCGUCGCGAUACUCAAUGCCCGUUGCGAGCCGGCAGGUGACUACACGAAGCGCGCCAACGUGUUCCGUCUGGCGGGCGCUGACGGAGCUGAGUAUCUCUUCGCCUGCUCCACCAAGGAUCUCAUGAAGGAAUGGGUAGCGAAGCUGUCGUUCCACGCGCAGUUGCCCCCCGAGCUACAGCUGACUCCGUACUCCGCGGCGCCGCCCGGAGAGUCGCCCACCGCCGAGAUACGCAGGAGGCUGCAUGAAAACGCAGAAUCAUCGUCGUCGAACAACUCGUCCCCCGAGCCAGAACGGAAGCCUCGAUCACAGGCCGAGAUCCUUCAGGAGCACAGGAACAGCCAGCAGAGAGUGUCCGCCACGCCAGAGCGAGUCAUCGAAUCAGCUGUGUUGCCGUCCCUACCGCCGCGCCAACCGCCACAGGAGGACGAUGCCACUGAAGUCGUACUCAGGAAUUCGGAACAAACCUCCUCGUCGUGGGGCAGAUCGCGGUUCUCAAACGGCCGCGACAUUAACGCUGAGUUCAUUAGAUCGCAACGAGAUGCUGAACAUGGCGCCCCGCCAUUGCCGCUAUCCGGACCACCGGAUCGCCCGCCAUUACCCGACCGACCUCCGAACUUACCCGAGCGCGGGCCGAACUUACCCGAACGCCACCCGAACUUAGCCGAACGUCACCCGAACUUAGCCGAACGCCAGACAGACAAAUCGGUUUCGGCGCUCGUAAACAGCUAUCAGCAAAGGAUGUCUGGCAACUGGCAAGGGAGAGAUGCCAAUGCCAAUGCCAGUGUGAGGAAUACAGCGUCUUGGCAAGGCUACGCUUCGGGCCAGAAUAAUAACUGGCAGAGUGUGGAGACGACGUCGCAUUUCUAUUCCACGAGCGAUACCGCAUAUGGCGGGAACAGCGGAGGUAACACUCGGCCCGCGUCCGUCGCAGGCAGUGGAGGUUCGCCAGCGUUGGAUAAUCGACCGGCUUCGAGAUCGUCAGGCGAAUCAGAGCUCUCAGUCAGCGGAGUCUCAAAGGACAAAAAGGACAAGAAAGGCGUCUUCGGAGGCCUGUUCAGCAGAAAGAAGAGACCUCAAAGUCAUAUGUAAUAUAAACAAUAAAAAAAAACAACAAUCACCCACAGAAAUGUAUUAAAAACUCCUUAAAUAAAAUAAAAACGAAUAAUGCAAUGCAAUAAUAAUAAAGCUUGUUUAAUCUGUGUCAAUUUUGACAGGACGAAACGUCAACUUUUUUUUUUUAAUUUGAUUUUGACAGUUGUUUUAUAAUGUUAUACUUGUUCGAGGAAUAUUUUGAGAUUUUGUCGUUUUUAACAACGAUAAGUGUCUGUUUUGUAUAUAUAUGUGUAUCUGGUAUAUACAAAAGAAUGUUUUUUGAAUGUAAUCGGUAGUGAAAAGUCGUGCCUUCGAAGUUUCUUAUGUUUUAACAAUGACUUGCUAAACAUUUUAUUUGUUGGCUUAGAGGUCGUUGUUUUAAGGGUCAAUCCACAAUGAAGGAACAACGGGAAGAGCAGUGAUAACCGCGAUUCAGGCUUCCUGCCUCAUUUGCCUGCAAACGUAGAUAACAUUCAAAGUCAUUCGUUAUUCGUAAUAUGAAAAAUCUGUCGACCGCUGAUCUUUCAGUGUGGAUUGACCCUAAUUAUUUACAUCGUAGUACAUAUUUAUGUAGAAUAGUUUCUCUUUUUAAUAAUUAUUACAAAUAUUUAUCGAUUGUUAAACAUUCCUUGCCCGCGAUCUUUUAGUUUAAAUAGCCGCAAACAAAACCUUUUUCGGAAUACCGAUUAAAAUGCCAUUAAUACUCGAUGAAAAUUGUUGUCAAAAAGUCAUUUUUAGGUUAUUAAAGUUAAGCAACUGCGAGUGCGGUCUAGAUUUAGAUUGGUGCAGUCAGAGAUCGCGGUUUUUGUCACAAAUUGGGACCAAUUGUAAAAAAAUGGUCUGUUUUAAGUUGUGGUUUUAAAAUGUUGGAUGCCAAGUCUUUUACGGGCUUAGCUAUAUCUAAAUAAUUUACCUAGUAAUAAGGUAACUUUAUAUUCUCGGCUCGGGUACUUUGCCCUUGCAUGAAAUAAAAAAAAAACUGAAUUGACAAUACAAAAAUUAAGGACAAUAAUUUUAUUGCAUGUUAAAAU